AUGGGUCGCGCACGAAGAAAGUGGAAUCCCGCUGAGGAUACGCUUCUGCGCAACGUUGUCAGUGUGGCACUCAGUGAAUCGAGGCCUCUGCUGUGGCGCGAGCUGGCAAAGAGUAUCCCAGGUCGCUCCAAUAAGGACUGCCGCCGACGCUGGUGGAAUAGUCUGGCAAACAGCACAGCUAAGGGCCUAUGGUCCGAAAAUGAGGACGCAAAAUUAAUACAAGCGGUCAAAGAGAUUGGCACCAACUGGCGCGUCGUCGCGCAACACGUUGACUCGAGAACGUCUGACCAGUGCUCUAGCCACUGGACACAAGUCCUUGACCCGGAAAUUAACCACUGCAAUUGGACAAUAUUGGAGGACGAUCAGCUUCUCUACGAAACACUUUCACACGGGACGAAUUGGACUGCAAUAUCGGCCUUGCAUGUGCCAAGAAGAACAACACUAGCCCUCAAAAACCGAUACUCGAGGUUGCGCAAUAAGCAGGAAAAUAAGCGCAAAAGGCGGGUAUCACCGGCGAGAUCCAAAUUUGAUAGACUGCCAUUAUCUGAAACAUUAAAAGAAGAUCUGACAGAAACCUCAUUCAGUCCUGCAACGCCUCUCUACCAAGAUGGGGAACGCCAAGCAGAACCGGAGUCUGAUCUGCACGGACGACGGGGCUCUGAUGCAAUGCGUGGUUAUAUAGAUGACAUGGCAAGCGGCACUUCCACGAUGGGAAGCGUGGCAGCGGCUGAUACGGAACUCGGGGCAGGUUGGGCAAGCUUCUCGGAAGCAAGCAAUGACGGCUGCCACGGUGCUGUCGCGGAUGGCUCAGCCUUCUCACAGUUAUGGAAAAGCGAUAUGGGGGUUUCAACUUAUGAAGAGUGCCAAUCUCUUCCCAUUGACCCAAGAAUGCCACUUGAAGCCGAUGCUGACCUACUCAGUCUAAUGACGGACCCAUUUACACCGCAAACGCAAGCGUUCGCGCUAUGCUAUUGCCAUGGCGUGAAUGAGUUGUCGGAUGAGUUCAUCUAA